AUGACGAAGCGUGAUUCGCUCCGAACGUCCAAGGGAAACCGUCGCUCCCGCAAGAGUCGAGUGUCAGACCCAAGCAUCUACCCCUACUCCCCUCACCCUCAAGCAACCGCUACCACGUCCUCAGCUCCUCGCCGAGCUUCUGCUGCGUCCUACACUACUCAGACUUAUCCUCAUCGACCAAACCCAAGCCGCGAUCCCCAGAAACAAGCCUACACGGGCCGUCCUCUCCCUCCUCACACUGGCCGUCCGAUCGAAUCCCACGAACCUUUCCUCAGAGACGACGAGGACCUACGACUCAAGACUCUCCAACAUCCUGAUGGAACUACCACUGGUUUUCCCGUCAUCAAUAGGGACAUGCCUAGGACAAACAAUACCUGUGCGCCCCUCCCCCUCCCCAACGGCGGCAUCACCUUCGACGUCGACAACGUAAUGAGCGCUUUCGCAGCCCGUGAACGCGCCAAGGGGGCUUUUGUGAGUGGAAACAACGCCGGCACCAUAUCUUCGCCCCCUUGCGACAUCAACAGACUUGCCCUGCGUGAUGGCGACUGGAGCCGCCUGGUUCCUCGUCCAGCUGUCAAGGAGAUCAACGAGGCAGACGGCGGUUUCCGACUCUCUGAACUAAAGAGCUUCGUUCCCGAGAUGCCCGCCCCGCCAGGACGCAAGAGGAAGCACUAG